CAGGCAUUGUGAUUUCCAGUGAAUGCAGCGUACCAGGCUAGCCUGUCAUCUCACGUUUUUUUAUUCUGUGUGCUUCGCCUGUCAGGGACGGAAUACACAGACAGAGAGACCUUGACAGCCUGGCAUGUUAGGCACGAACACUCACACACCGCCAGCAAUGCAUUGACUAUGCUGCUUGAGCAGGAGCAAAGCUGCCUCUGAAUAGCUGCUGACGUCACAAAGGUGUCGACUGGCAACCACUGUGACUAUGGGAGAUGUGUUCCCUUCUGUGUCUGAGCCAGCUAUUUAAUAGCCCGCUUUACUUUCAAGUUCAAAGAGGCUUUGUGACAGCGGCAACACUUUUACAGCCAGUCAUAGGAAGAAGGCUGUCAGGAAGACCCAGAGGAUGAGAGAUCGAUGUGAAGCUCCCAGAAAGCGUGCAAAGAAAUAGGUAGACAUCAGUUUAUAGAUGGAAUCGGAAUUGUGAAUGUUCCUUGACAUGACCACAGCAUUCUUCUCACUGACUGUUCAAGGGGACUGUUCAAACAGGGCUGGCCCUUGUUCAUACAGUCACCCUUUUUUUAUAUCGCUCAUCUGCCUACAAGGCAACUGUAGGACCUGUCAAGUUCAUGGAUAAAGAAGGACAUCUCAAUCAUAGGUUCCCUUGCGCUGGUCAUAAUUUAAUUCUGCUCAUUAUGGGUAUUGGUUUGGUGGAGCUUGGAUUAUCCUGUCCCAAGGAAUGUGACUGCGAGCAUCUUUUAGUGAAUUGCACUGAUAAACAGCUAGAAGAAUUCCCCACGGGUAUCCCAAUGGACACCAGGCAACUGGUCCUCACGCGCAACAAUCUGACUUAUUUACCAUCAGUGGAUCUCAACCUUUUAAUUGAUUUGGUAUAUUUGGAUUGCAGUUACAAUAUGUUGGGGGAUUCGCUUGAGGCUACAUUCAUCGCAUUGCCCUUGGUUUACCUGGAUUUAAGUCAUAACAACCUUUCCAAGAUUACCACUGGAACGUUUUAUCUGUUGACCAGCCUGGUGGUCCUAAAACUAUCUGAUAAUCCCAAUUUGGAAGGAGUUGAAAAGGACUCAUUUGCCAACAACACUGGACUGCGGCAGUUGGAUCUUAGCCGCACGGCUUUAAACUAUUUGGAUGUCAGCACAGUCAGUCAACUGCCCAGUCUGAGAACACUAGGCCUCAGCUCCAACCCUUGGGAUUGUUAUUGCCCGUUAAAAGAGUUUCUCAAGUGGGUGAUUGAGAGUGACGUAUACUUCACAGAUGAGGAAAAUAUGACAUGUAGCACUCCUCUUCACAUCCAUGGAGAGCUUCUGAAGAACACAGAACACCACAUCAAUCUAAUGUGCUUUACCAAUCUCUACGAACGGGACUAUAUCUUCCUGAUGCUGGUCGGAUUUGUCAUCUUUGGCUCCGGCACAGUAGUGGCAUGGCUAACUGGAGUAUGUAUCGUCAUUUAUGAUCGCUUGUGUGGCACCACCGAGGAAGAUGAAGAUGAAGAAGAUGACGAACCUCCUCCUCCACCAAGGCCCAAGAAAAAAGAGGAGGCACAAGUCUGAAGCAGAUACACAUGAGUAGAUGCCAACAGUCUCCUAUUAAUAACUUUUACUUCCGAAAUGGGACAGCAUUAAAGAAUGGAAUACUGUGAUCUAGAAAUCUGGGUAAUGAAGAUUAUAAUGUCCUCUUCUUCCAGUGUUAGCAGAACUUCUUAAUUUAAGACUUGCAAUAUAUAUAUGUAUUGGUUGAGUUCAAAGUCUUAACAUUACCCUAGUGACAGUCUUAAUAUUCCAUCACUUGUUGGCCAUUUCCAAGUUAUGCACUCACCAUGGUUUUAUAAAACUAAAGUAGAACAUGUACAAAUUAUCACCUAAAAUUAAAGCAAUACCAGCAGGGUUAUUCACUAAACUGUUGAACAUUCUAGAAUGCACCAGAAAAUGUCAAACUGUAGACCAAAACAGAUCAAUUGAAAAGAUAUAUCAAGUCAGCUUUGUUUCUGUCACAACUACAUUGGCCUUAAAUUUGCAAUUCAUUGGUGAAUUACAAAAUGUCACUGUUUUGUGAAUAACACUGUCAGUUGCACUUCCAUAACUCACUUAGGGGUACAUUACAAUCUUUCAUUUGAUAUUUAUCUACAUAAUAACAGCUGAUGAUGAGCAGUUAAUGUUAAAGAGAUCACAAUGGCAUUGUUCAGAUACC